AUGAGCUACUACGGCGGCUACUACGGAGGCCUGGGCUGUGGCUACGGCCUGGGAGGCCUGGGCUACGGCUGGGGCGGCCUGGGCUGUGGCUAUGGCUGUGGCUACGGUGGCUUUGGUGGCUAUGGUGGCUACGGUGGCUUUGGUGGCUACGGUGGCUACGGUGGCUACGGCGGCUACGGGUACAGCUGCUACCGGCCCUGCUGCUAUGGGAGGUACUGGUCCGGCUGCUACUGA